AAAUGUGUUAACGUUUUUAGCGAACAAUUGCAAGAAACUCCCAGCAAAAAAAUAGUUUACAUCCUAGUCAGCGCAUUCGACUCCGCGACGUUGAGAGCAAAAGUGACUUCCGACUAGUGACCCCCCCCCUUCUGCAGCGAUGGUUAUGACUUUAUCUGCGUUUCACCAGGAAGCUGCUUAGUUCAUUCUGUGUUCAGAACAUUUUUUCUACAGAACCUCCUGUUCGCUUUAUUACACCCACUAAACGGGAUUGUCGUUCAUGUGUAGCCAAGUCUAGUCUAAUUCCGUUUGAAAAAAACGGAUACUUUGUGUUCAUGUCUGCCGCCGCCUCCAUCUUUCCGGUUUUACUGAAAGUAAGUGAAACCGAGGACUGAAAUACCAAUGGAACGGUGAGAGUUAUGAUGGCAGCUAAAGAAGAGCUUUAUACCAAAGUCACCCCGCGGAGGCAGCGCCAGAAUCGAUCGGGCACUGUAAAACAUGGGUCAAGUCUGGACGUGCUGCUGUCCAUGGGAUUCCCCAAGACCAGGGCGCUAAAAGCUCUGGUGUCUACGGGAGGCAAAAAUGUGCAGGCAGCCUGUGAUUGGUUGUUCUCUCAUGUGGACGACCCAUUUCUGGACGACCCUCUCCCCAGGGAGUAUGUGUUGUACCUGCGCCCCAGCGGCCCCCUGCUCCACCAGCUCAGCACUUUCUGGCAGCAGUCACGGGUCACCUGCGGCAAGAACAAAGCCCACAACAUCUUCCCUCACAUCACCCUCUGCCAGUUCUUCAUGUGUGCGGACGGUAAGGUGGAGGCACUGAGUGAGGCCCUACAGGCUACAGUGGGGUCAUGGAGGGGUCGUUUCCCUAACCCUCUCCCCCUGGAGCUCUACACCUCCUCCAACUUCAUAGGCCUCUUUGUGGAGGAGCAGGUGGCAGAAGUGCUCAAGGACUUUGCCGCUGACUUUGCCACGGAGGCGGCUACUAAAGCAGAUGUGCACGUGGAGCCCCAUAAAAAGCAGCUCCAGACCCUGGCCUACCACUUCCAGACCAAUCACCUGGCUGCCUUGGAGAAGCUGGCCAAGGGAGUGGAUGUGUCGCUGGGCUGCGAUUGGCUGGCUGUGCUCUUCUCCCGGGACAUCCGAUUUGCCAACCACGAGACGCUGCGUGUGAUGUACCCAUACGUGCCCCAGAACGAGGACGAGCUAGAGCUGGCUCCUGGCGACUUUAUCUUCAUGACCCCCGUGGAGCAGAGUAGUGCCAGCGAGGGCUGGGUCUAUGGCACCUCGCUGGGCACUGGGCUACCGGGACUGCUGCCUGAGAACUAUGUCAGGCGGGCAGAUGAGUGUGACACCUGGGUCUUCCAUGGAUCUCACUCUUUCAGCAACCCAGCCUCCCCGUCCAACACUGUGGGUGCAGUGGGCGGCCUGUUAUUUGAUGGACAGCUGGACGGACGUUUUCUUGACGACCCUGGAGAUCCAUCCAGCCUCACUGUCCUCUGUCCACCUGUCCAGAUGCUGAGGCCCACCACUCAGUCAUGUCUUCCCAAGAGGAGUCUGUUUGUGUGUCGCCAUGGUGAGAGGAUGGAUGUAGUGUUUGGGAAACACUGGAUCACUCAGUGCUUUGAUGCUAAAGGCCGAUAUGUUCGCUCCAACCUCAACAUGCCGUCUAGUUUGCCAACGAGAAGUGGAGGCUUCCGAGACUACGACAAAGACUGUCCAAUCACAGUAUUCGGCUCCACUCAGGCCCGCCUUGUGGGUGAAGCCCUGUUGGAGAGCCAAGCGGUGAUAGAUUUUGUGUACUGUUCUCCCUCGCUGCGCUGUGUCCAGACUGCCCACAACAUCCUCAGAGGCCUGCAGCAGGAGGGGAAGACUAAGAUCCGUAUAGAGCCUGGUCUGUUUGAGUGGACCAAGUGGGUGUCUGGCACCUCUCUUCCUGCCUGGAUCCCUCCCACUGACAUGGCUGCUGCUAGCCUGAGUGUGGACACAACUUAUAGACCUCAUAUUCCCAUCAGCAAGCUUGGCGUGUCAGAGUCCUAUGACGCCUACAUCAGCCGGAGCUUCCAGGUCACCAGGGAGAUUUUGACAGAGUGCAAAAACCUGGGAAACACUGUGCUGAUCGUGGCCCAUGCUUCCUCCCUGGAGGCAUGUACUCGCCAGAUGCAGGGCCUCAGCCCACAGAACGCCAAGGACUUUGUACAAGUGGUCAGGAAGAUUCCUUACCUAGGUUUCUGUGCAGCUGAGGAGAUGGGGGAGACAGGGGUGUGGCAGCUGGUGGACCCGCCCAUCCUUCCAUUAACCCACGGGCCCAAUCACAGCUUCAAUUGGAGGGAGACGCUACAGCAGGACUGAGUAAUUCCUGCCCCCACCUUCCUAGCAGCCCAGAGAGACACUGCUGCGCUAAGACGGAUGCAGCCAACGCAAAGCUAACAUUUCCUCUGCUAUCUAACUAGCGCGGUAAAACACACACACACACACAGACACACACACACCGCUAUCAAAACCAGACCAAAAAUGCCCCGCCUUCCAUCGCAUAUGCUGUGUAAACACACUCAUUGAAUGAGUCUAUAUACACUGAGGGUACAAAACAUUAGGAAUGAGUUGAACAGCCUCAAUUCGUUGGGGCGUGGACAUAUUGAAAGCGUUCCACAGGGAUGCUGGCCCAUGUUGAUUCCUAUGCUUCCCACAGUUGUCAAGUUGGCUGGAUGUUCUUUGGCUGGUGGACCAAUUGUUGAUACACACGGCAAACUAUUGAGCAUGAAAAACCCAGCAGCGUUGCAGUUCUUUACACACUCAAACCGGUGCGCCUGGCACUUGCUACCAUACCUCGUUCAAAGGCACUUCAAUAUUUUGUCUUGCCCAUUCACCCUCUGAAUG